UACUUUUUGGAGUAAAGCUUUAAAGGUACUGUACACUACAAUACAUUGACUUUCCUAGAUACACACUAAAGAUACACACUAAGGGUACAAAAGCUGUACUGCAUGAAUGCAAUGUAAGUGUAGGUUAAAGAAAUCCAUCCAUUUUCACAGGGUCACAGAGGAGCCAGGAGCCUAUCCCUGGGAACUUGGGGCACAAAGCAGGGGACAUCCUGGAUGGGGUGCCAAUCCAUUGCAGGACACAAUCACACACAUUCACACUAUAGACAAUUUGGACAAAUUUCAGCCAGUCUUUGGACUCGGGGACUAAACCAGAAUACCAGAGAAAACCCCCGAAUCUUGGGGAGAACAUGCAAACUCCACGUACGCAUGAGUUUGGCAGGAUUCAAACCUGCAACCCUGGAUGUUCAAGGCAAACAUGCUAAAUACUAAGCUACAAAUGUUGGGUUAACAUCUCUGACAGGUGAGGCACUACUCUCAUUCCCCAGACCAUUUUUGUUUCCAGGUGUCCUUUCAGGGCUCCUGUCUAGCUACAAAAGAGUGAAGUGGGUUGUUGAACUACAUGCUCAUGUACAGAAGAUGAAAUAUUCCAGAUCAUUCCAGAUAGCUCCCUACAGAUUAUGAUUAAGUGAACUACGUAGGGUACGGAGGCAUUAUUUCGGACCAUACGUAGUAGACGAGUUGUAUAGAGGAAGUAAGCAGCGUUUCGUCAGCGCCGGGGACUGUUGCCAGGAGUCACUUGUGUCCUCCGGGGCAGCCAAUCAGGCAAGGCGGGGGCGUGGUUACAGCGCAGAUUCUCCGGCGGAGGAGGGAGGAUCAUCCGCGGCUUCUCGCGUUUAAACCGAGCGCGAGGACAUGGGUGCGCAGCAGUGAAUUAUUCCACAUCGCGUUUCCCGAGCUCGCGCGCAUAUCAGCUGCUGUCACUUAUCAGACAGUUAUUUUUAAAAGCAAAAUAAAAUAAAACAAACAAAAAUAAUUGUCAUUGCUCAGAUACUUGUGUGUCGUCUUACCUGCACUUUGUCGUGUUCGGGACUGAGGUGAAUAAUGGACCAGGACAAGUACCUGCCCGAGCUGCUGGCCGAGAAAGAAAGCUUGGAUCCGUCGUUCGUGCACGCGAUGCGCCUUCUGGCCGAAGAAAUCGAAAAGUACGAAGGGGACGAGCUGAGGAAAGACGGCGAGGUGAAGAAAUACCUGGAUGUCAUCAGCAACAAAAACAUCAAGCUGUCAGAGAGAGUGCUUAUUCCUGUGCAGCAGUACCCGAAGUUUAAUUUUGUUGGGAAACUGCUGGGGCCCCGGGGCAAUUCCAUGAAAAGAUUACAAGAGGAAACCGGAGCGAAGAUGUCCAUCCUCGGAAAGGGCUCAAUGAGAGAUAAAGACAAGGAAGAAGAGCUGAGGAAAAGUGGGGAAGCAAAAUAUGCCCAUUUGAACAACGAUCUUCAUGUGUUAAUUGAAGUCUUCGCACCACCUGGAGAGGCGUAUUCCCGUAUGAGCCAUGCCUUGGAGGAAAUAAAAAAAUUCCUGGUUCCUGAUUACAAUGAUGAAAUCAGGCAAGAGCAGCUGCGUGAGCUGUCCUACCUAAAUGGCUCUGACGACCCAAGCAGAGGAAGGAGUGUCCGAGGACGUGGCAUACGGCUCACCUCCACAGCUGCAACACGGGGUCGAGGGGGAGCAGUGCCACCUCCUCCACCUGGCCGAGGAGCUGUAGUGCCCAGGGGAACCGUGGGUACACGUGCGUCCCUGCCCACCACCAUGCUAACUAGAGGCGUCUCAGCACCGCGGGCCAGAGGAACAGCAGGGACUCCUGGAUACAGAGCACCUCUGCUGCAGGCCACACAUAAAACCUACGACGACUAUGGUUAUGAUGAUGGAUAUGAUGGGGAAUAUGAUGAACAGGGUUAUGAGGCCUACGACGAUGGCUACAGCAACCAGUCCAAAAGUGGUUCAGAAUAUUACGAAUAUGGCCAUGGAACCAACGAUGAUACAUACAACAAUUACGCAGAAGAGGAGUGGACUCAGCCACGGCCGAGCCUCAAAGCUCCAGCUGCAAGAGUUGCACGAGGGGGCUACAGAGAUCACCCCUAUGGUAGAUACUAAAGGUGCUCCACAUCAGUGAUCUCCCCUGCCUGGCAUCCUUAUGUAAUAAUCUAAAAAAUAUCAAAUAAAAAAAUUCAAACACGCAAAAACAUGUAUUAGGUCAAAACAUAACCUCCCCUAACCAAGGAGCAAGAAACUGCAUACAGCAGAUGGAUUUGAUAACAAGAUUUAUUCAUACAUCUAAGAAACCCAAAAGGAUCUUGCAUUAAACAAAAAGACUUCCAUUUGAAUGCUGCUUCCCUUUAGUUGUCUAUUGUUUGCUCCCCUGAACCUAAAGCAUGGAGUUACGUACAAAAUGAUGCUUCCUUGUUCUUGGCUACCAUUUCACCAAGGCAACCGUUAAGUGUUAGACCCCCCUACCCCCUCUCUCCCCAUAUUGUACAUAACAUCUUUCUUAAUAACGUCUUGAUUUGAUGACGGUAAAUACUGAGUUUGUAUAUUUUGAUUUUGAUAUCGGUACUGGGAUUGAAAGCAAUCAGCUAUGUAUGUAGCUACCUACAAGUGAUCUGCUGUGUGUUUAGCCUGUAUUUGUACAUAAAAAUGUAAUAAAAAGGACAUAAAUCAUCUUGUGUAAGCUUCUCUAAAUAGGUGGCCAUAAUUGUUAAAUUUGUUCUUGCCAUAAUUUGUUAAUAGAGCAUCAUUAUUUUUUUCUCUUUUUUUUUGGUAAAAUUAGAUAAGCACAUACUUGUUUUUAAGUAAUAAAUGCCUGUUUUAGUUCAGGAAGUUGCUAAUAUGUUCUUUUUUGAUUUUAUACUUAACAAAGAAAAGCAGCAAAAAAGUAACUUUAGAGAAGUUGUGAAGACAUUUUGUGUAACAAUAGAUAAGCAUUAAUACAAUUACGACUUUGUUAAAUAAUUUUAACUCUAGCACUAAAUUGUUCAUUGAAUAUUGACUCGUCAUUUAAAUGUUUAAGAUGUUAAUGGAAACCAACUGUUUAGAUCAAUAAACUGAAUUUUUUUAAACAUAUCCUUUAAGCUUGACCUUAUUAAACCAAAACUCUGGCUUGUUUGCACUAGCGUGACUGUGAAUGAUUCGGAGAUUGAGGAGGUAAGAACAGUAAGAUUGUCUAAAUGCCUUCAGUCAUUGGUGUUAGUCAGUAUAACCCCAGUAUGUGAAUAUGGCAGAUAUUCACAAUGUUUCAUCACUCAUUCGAGUGAAUGGGAUACAUUUAAACUGCUAUGUCUCUUUUACCUUUAUUCUUAUUCCAUUGAACAUCAGAAAGCUGCAUUUGUGUUGUAAUACCAAUGCUUUUAAAUAUCAGCUAUUGAAAGUCACUACCUUUUAGAGUCCUGAAC